UAAAACUACACCGCAUCUUUCGUCAGUACGAAUAUCCGUCUUUUGGUCGAAGCAACGAACAUUUGGAAAUGGCUUCUCGAGUGACCAGAAACCGCUUGGCUUCUACCAGGACUGACCUCGGUGGCAAGGCCUGCUCGGUGACCGGGCCCUCACUUAAGCCUCGAGCGGCACUUGGAGAGAUUGGAAACAUCGCAGUUAACAAAGAAGCGCAGAAAAAGGGCAUCAAGACAGAGGCAACUAAGAAGACCAAAGCCACCACCAAAGUUGAAAAGGCAGCAGUUGUCCAACAACCAAAACCAAAGAAUGAGGUUCCUGUUAAACUUAAGCCUGAGGUGCAACCUGUGCCUGAACCAGCCUCCCCUACUCCAAUGGAGACUUCUGGCUGUGAGCCUGCUGACCUCUGCCAAGCAUUUUCUGAUGUCAUGCUUCAUACUGCUAUCAGAGAUGUGGAUGCAGAUGACUACGACAACCCCAUGCUCUGCAGUGAAUAUGUGAAACAAAUCUACAAGUAUCUCCGACAGCUCGAGGUUGAGCAGAAUGUUAGACCCAGUUAUCUACAGGGUCAGGAGGUAACUGGUAACAUGCGAGCCAUUCUCAUCGACUGGCUUGUGCAAGUGAGCCUGAAGUUCCGUCUACUGCAGGAAACGAUGUACAUGACUGUGGGAAUCAUCGACCGCUUUCUUCAGGACCACCCAGUCCCCAAGAAGCAGCUGCAGCUGGUCGGAGUGACCGCCAUGUUCCUUGCUUCCAAAUACGAGGAGAUGUAUCCCCCAGAGAUCUCAGACUUUGCCUAUGUGACAGACAGGGCCUACACCACUGCCCAAAUCAGAGAAAUGGAGAUGAACAUCCUGCGGGUGCUCAAGUUCCAACUUGGCCGCCCUCUUCCCCUGCAGUUCCUCAGAAGGGCCUCAAAGAUCUAUGAGGUAACUGCUGAGCAGCACACCCUGGCAAAAUACCUCCUGGAGCUCACCAUGGUCGACUACGAGAUGGUUCACUUCCCACCUUCCAUGGUGGCUUGUGCAGCUCUGGCUCUUACCCUCAAGAUCUUGGAUGCUGGAGAAUGGGAUGUGACACUGCAGCACUACAUGGAAUACACAGCAGAGAGUUUGAUUCCUGUAAUGGCACACAUUGCCAAGAAUGUUGUGAAAGUCAAUGAGGGGCUGACCAAGCACACAGCCAUCAAAGGCAAAUACUCGACUUCAAAGCAGAUGAGGAUUGCCACAAUCUCGCAGCUCAAAUCUUCACUUGUGAAGGAUUUUGCAAAGCAGCUCACCCAGUGAGAUGACUAAAUGUUUUAGCACCAUGUGCUGAGUUGUACAGUUGUAACUUAAACUUUUUAAACGUGACUGAAGGAUCAGCACACAAAGGACCGUGUCAGUGGUUUGCAUGUUUAACCAGCUGAGAUCAUGCACACUUUUACUGACCUUUUUCCAAAGCAUGCUGCAAGUUUUAAUUGUCUGGUUUUCAAUCUUAAUCUAGGCCUCAUUUUUGAAACUGAUAAUGUGAGUCACUUCACUGAAAAGCAAAGUCAGACAUCUUUACACCGCAUGAGAUUCAGUCAGCCACCAAUGACGACUGUAAUGCUACUAAUUCACUAUUUUCACUGUCUUUUUACAACAUGGAUCAUUAAUGCACUACUUAUUGUUAGCAGACUGAAAUCUUUAUGUGGAAUAGCUUGGACAGUUCUGCCAUUGAAUGUUGCCGCACAGUGUAACGCAAGUCACACACUUGGUUCUUUUAGCAUUUUAAGUCUAGAAGUUAUUUUUAUAGCUUAAGCGCUGUUGGAAAUCUAAAACUUGUUGCAUGCUUUCUGAAUGGGUAACAUGUAAAGGUCCAGUGGGCAUAUCUGGCCUGUUCCAGCUUUUUUUUAUGGCCUUUUCUUAAUGUGUGGCAGUGUGUGUGAAAUGUACAGCAAUACUUUAAAUGAUUUUACAUUCUUAAAUGUCUUGUUCUUAAAGCCUCUAUUAAAUGGUUUUGACCAGA